AUGGACCGCAAGGCCCGCAGCAAACCCAUGCAGAACAUCCUCAACCGUCUCAUCAGCACCAAGGAAUUCGACGUCACCAUCUUUGGCGAAAAAGUCAUCCUCGACGAACCCGUGCAAGAUUGGCCCAUCGUCGACGUCCUCAUCUCAUUCUUCUCCACUGGUUUCCCGCUCGACAAGGCCAUCUCCUAUGCUGAUCUGCGCAAGCCUGUGCUCGUCAACGAUCUGCGUCUCCAGCAGGUGCUGUGGGAUCGUAGAGCCGUGCUGGCCAUCUUGGAUAGUGUAGGUGUGCCGACGCCGAGGAGGUUGGAGGUGGAUAGGGAUGGCGGCCCGGAUUUGGAGGAUGUGAUCAUCGAAGAUCUGAAGCAGAGGGUGGGCGCGGAUUUGAGGAAGGAUAGAGAGCCCAAGGAGUGUAAGAUGGACGGCUACGAUCACUUGGUCAUCGGCGAGAGGAAGAUUGCAAAGCCGUUCGUGGAGAAACCAGUUUCGGGCGAGGAUCACAACAUCCACAUCUAUUUCCCCAAAAACAGAGGCGGUGGUGCCAGGAGGUUGUUCCGCAAAGUAGGCAACAAGUCGUCCGAGUACGAUCCCAAUCUCGUCGAACCUCGAACCGACGGUUCCUACAUCUACGAAGAGUUUAUGGACGUCGACAACGCCGAGGACAUCAAGGUCUACACCAUCGGUCCACACUUUGUCCACGCCGAAACCCGAAAGUCGCCCGUCGUCGACGGCGUCGUCAAGCGAAACCCGGACGGCAAGGAGAUCCGAUACAUCACCAAGCUCAGCGACGAGGAGAUCAAGAUGGCCACAUCCAUUUCGAAAGCCUUCAAGCAAAACAUCUGCGGCUUCGAUCUGCUCCGGGUCGGAGGCAAGAGCUACGUCAUCGACGUCAACGGCUGGAGCUUCGUCAAGGGCAACGACUUCUAUUACGACAAGUGCGCAGAGAUCCUCAGUCGAUUCUGUAAGAACAACGUCGUCCGAAGACCUAUCGGAAGCUCUGGGAGCGGGAUGGGAAGUUCGAGUCCUCGCGAACGCGAGAGGUCCGCUUGGAAUUUGAAAGCCUCCGUCACUGUGUUCCGUCACGGCGAUCGAACUCCGAAACAGAAACUCAAACGAUCCUUCAAACCCUCCGAGACAUGGGCUGCCCCGCUGAUCGCGCUGCUCCAAGGUCGACGCGAGGAGAUCAUCCUGCGCACGCAGCUCGAUCUCGUCUCCACCGCCGCCUCGGAAGCUCUCUCCCUCCCCGGCGCCAACACCUCGGAUCUCGAACUCAUCAUCCAACUCAUCAACCGCAAGAAGGACCUACCCGGUACCAAAGUCCAGAUCAAGCCCAGCUUCGACAAGGACUCCGGCGACCUCUCCAAGAUGCAACUCAUCAUCAAAUGGGGCGGUGAGUUCUCCCACGCCGCUCGUCACCAAGCCAAGGAUUUCGGCAACAACAUGCGCAAGGAUAUGAUCAUCAUGAACGCCGAUGCGCUGUCCAACUGCACCGUCUACACUUCGAGCGAGAGGAGGGUCACCGCUAGCGCCGAGAUCUUCGCCGCUGCGUUUCUGGACGAAUCGAGCGGGGAAAAGGAGAUGAUUAUACGCAAGGAUUUGUUGGACGACAGCAAUGCGGCCAAGGAUGUGAUGGAUGUGGUCAAGAAGAAGUUGAAGGCGUCCUUGAGGCCGGAUUCUCCCGAAGCGGGGAACGUGCCGGAUGAUUGGCCGGAGGAUCUGCCGCCACCGGCGAGGUUGGCGCUGGACAUCGCUGCGUUGCUGGGCAAGUUGAGGGAGGUGAUGAGGUCGAACUACAAGACGUUGGGUAAAGGGAUCGAUCGUGUUCAGACGAGAUGGUGUACGCACGAGACACCUGGGCUCUUCCGAGAACGCUGGGAGAAGCUGUUCAACGACUUUGAGGAGGAUCCACACGAUCCAUCGCGAUCGAGCGAACUGUACGACAUGUUGAGCCACGAUGGCCUGCACAAUCGACAGUUCAUCGAGACCGUCUUUUCGGAUCCCGCGGUCCAGGAUUCGGAUCUGGACAAGAAGCUGGUGCAUCUUCACGAGCUGUAUCGGAAAGCGUUGGCGUUGUUUUCGUUCAUCUGUCCGAGGGAGUACGGUAUCACGGAUUCGGAGAAGGAAGAGAUUGGGUUCCUGACCAGCAUGCCUCUGCUCAAGAACAUUGUGGAAGAUCUCAAAGGAGCCAAGGAGUCGAAGGGUAUUUGCAGUUUAUACUUUACCAAGGAGUCUCACAUCCAUACUUUGCUCAACUUGGUUCUCGCUAGCGAACUCAACGUGGUCAUGCCCAAGAUCCCUGCUUUGGAUUACUUCGCUUCGAUCACGUUCGAAGUGUACGAACGCAACUCCCCCACCCCCCUCACCACGACAAGCUCGAACAACAGCUCCGCCUCAAGCAUCGCUUCCACCACCUCGGUGCAGCAACAGUACUCGCUCCUGAUCAGCGUCUCCGAGGGAGCACACUCUUCCAACAUCCUCUCGAUCAACCUCGACGCCCGACACGCCCUCACCCCGCUCCCCCGACGUCCGCUCACCACACACAUGGACUUCGACGACGCCAUGGCCAAACUCGAAGCCCACUCGAGCAGAGACAGCAGGGUAGACAGAGGUAUGGUCGAAGGAUCUACCGUAUUCUUCGGUCAGGACGAUCCGGAUCGUCAGUUUAUGCCGAUCAAGAAUCGCAGGGAUAGUGUGGAUACCGAUCAGAGUUCGGUUCGUCACGCCUGA